CCGAGCGCGAGUCCACACAACCUUCUCCUGCCCUUCUACGUGAGGAUCUAGAUUUUAAAUCAAUCACGAAAAAUUUGAUAUGAAUGUGCAAGACCAAUUUUGGCUGUUGUUAUUUUUUAUCUUGAGUGGUCAGUGCUGGAUAAAGGGAAUCAACUCGUCGCAGUGUAAUCAUUCUACUUUUGGAAAGCUUUUACAUGGGCUACACAAAGAUGUCGAAUUCAUGCACACGAGGAGGAAUCAGUUGAACGUCGAUUCGGCUUUCGGAUUAGCUUUAGCCGAAGCCAAUCUCGGAAUGAUAUUGACUUCCGAAAAUUGGAAAUAUCUGAACGAUGAAGAUUUCAACUUGGUAUUUGAAAUUCGUGAAUUAGCCGCUGAAUCACGGAAAUAUGUUCAGGAGAAUUUGAGAACCGAAAAAGAUCGGAUAUUCUCAAAAGUCCUGACAAAUGUGGACUUAUGGAUUCGCCCAAUAUCUUGGAAACAUGUUUCUUCCCUGCCAAUGACAUCACCGAAUCCAAAUUUAAGCGAUUUGACGAUUAAUGACGUGAUACACGCCGGAGCUCCCAAAGAAAACGAGAGUGACUAUUGCCUAUUACUCCUGAUCAAUCAGUCCUUAAGUGGGAAAUCCUGUCAGUUAUCGAAUGAAUGCAUCGAGAUGAUGAUGAAGGAGGAUGGCUCGAGGGGGUAUGCAAUGACCCAUCGUUUGCUCAUCAUUCAAGUUGCAAAUGCUUUGACCUGUGACCAACAUCCAUCGAUGGAUUCUAAACCUCUAAUUGAAGAAUUCUGCCGAAAUAUCUAUCAAGAUCUGCUAGAUCUAGAAGCCUCGGGAUUCCCUGGAGUCGGAGUGGAUCUGGCGAUUGAGCAAAUCUUUCUCUGCGGCAUGGAAGGCUACUCAGAAUUCGUCACAAGUCAUUACAAAAACCUUCUACUGGGUCUACCAAAUUUCCUGGGAUGCUACUCAGCUAGAGGAUAUCCCCGAUAUUAUCGAACUAAGAGAUCAUCAAACCCCAUGGAUUAUGGGUGUGACAAUCACACGUCUGGAGUAGCUGCUGCAGCAUUGAGCUUGCUACUUCGAGAAUGCAUCGAGAGCAGUGAAUUUUAUAUUGAUGAAAAUUCAGAUACUCGAUUUAUGGAAUAUUCAUAAAACUUUCGAACCAGUUCUUUAGUUUGCUGUAUACCCAACAGCUUGGUCUACAUCCGGUACUAUUCAUGAGAAUGUUAGCUCAGGAUGGCGUGAAGCUGAUCAUCUAAUUUAUCAAACUCCCGAUGCGUAAUGAUGCGAUUUGAAAAUUUUUUUUUCAAUCGACGUGUGUUAAUAUAACUCAGAACUGAUUAGUUUACGACGCUGAUCGUCUCAGCGGUUCGUUAGUUAUUUUCAUAAAACGUGUGAAAAAAAUGAGUGAAAAUUUAGAAAUUUCACCGACAGACAUCGGGAUAAUCAUAAUUUUUAAUUCCAGUUAAGUUUUGAGUGAAUCA